AUGGCAUCCACAAAUGAAACAUUAACUCGACUCAAUCAUGCAUUGGAUACAAUGUAUACCAAUGCAGCACAACAAGAAAAAGUUCAGGCAACUCAAUUCUUGGAAGCCUUUCAAAAAUCUCAAGAAGCUUGGGAAAUUGUUCACAUUAUCCUUAAUGAUGACAAUCUUACCAAUAUUCAAAUCAAAUUAUUUGCAUCUCAAACCCUUAGAUCUAAAAUUACCUAUGAUUUACUUCAAUUGCCAGAAUCAAAUUAUGAACAAUUAAAAAAUUCAAUAUUGGAUAUCAUUGUCAAAUAUUCGCUUCCUAAUCAAAAGUUAAUUCGUACCCAAUUAUCAGUUGCAUUAUCUCAAUUAGCAUUACAAUAUUUGUCUUGGACAAAUGCAUUUUCAGAAAUUGUUAAUAAAUUGUCUUCUAAUCAAAGUUUAUUACCUGUUUUAUUGGAAUUCUUGAAAAUCUUACCUGAAGAAUUAUCCGAUGUUAAAAAGACAAACUUAAGUGAUGAAGAAUUCAAUCAAAGAACUCAAAAUUUGAUCAGCGAUAACGUUGAGCAAGUGUUAUUGAUAUUGAAGAAUUUGACUGAUUCCAGUCAAGGUGGAGACUCGCUAUUAAGCUCUUCUAUUCUUGAUUGUUUGAAUAGUUGGAUAAAAGAAUGCCCAAUUGAGAGUGUAUUACAAAUUAGUUCGUUAACUGCAUUGGUAUUCCAAAGUUUAUCCAAUGACCAAACUUUUGACAAGGCCAUCGAAUGUCUUUGUACAAUCAUAAGAGAAACUAGAGAUAUUGAAAAUGAUGAAUUGAUUGAUGCAUUAUACCAACAGAUUUUACAAUUAAAUAAGUUCAUGCAAGAACAUCCAGAUAAAUUAGAAGAUCCAGAAACCAUUGACGGUUUAACUAGAUUAUAUGUUGAAUGUGGUGAAGCUUGGCACGUUUUGAUUGCUAAGAAUCCAAAACAUUUCAAACCAUUGGUACAAAUAUUAUUACACUCAUGUAAAUAUGAGGAUGAUUUAGAUGUAGUAAAAUAUACUUUUUACUUUUGGUAUUUAUUAAAGCAAUUAUUAACCAUGGAUAAAUUCCAAGAAUCAAAAGCUGAAUUCCGCGACAUUUACGCCGAAUUAAUCACAAUAAUUAUCAAGCAUUUAACAUAUCCCAUAACUGGAAAUGAUGACGAUUUAUUCAAUGGCGAUAAGGAACAAGAAGAUAAAUUCAAAGAAUUCCGAUAUGAAAUGGGAGAUGUGUUGAAGGAUUGUUGUGCAAUUGUUGGUCCAACUAUAGGACUUCUGAUCCCAUUCCAGCAAAUUCAAACUUUAUUAUCCAAUGCCUCAACCACUUCAUAUCAAUGGCAACAUUUAGAAGCUCCAUUAUUCUCAAUGAGAACUAUGGCUAAGGAAAUCCCUACUAAGGAAAAAACAAUGUUACCUACCAUCAUGUCAUAUUUAGUUCAGUUACCAGAACAUCCCAAAAUCAGAUACGCAGCUACAUUGGUAUUGGGAAGAUAUACCGAAUGGACCGCCAAAAACCCCGAAUUUUUAGAACCACAAUUGGACUAUAUCAUCAAAGGCUUUGAGCCAGCUUCAACCGCAUCUGCUAGUGGUACAAGUACUCCUGUUCCCAGAGGUAGUGUCCCACCUGGGUCAGCUGAUAGUAAAGCAAAGAAUGACAUUGCUAUUGCUGCAUCAAGAGCAUUAAUGUAUUUCUGUCAAGAUUGUUCCGAAUUAUUGGUCAACUAUUUAGAACAAUUGUAUAUGUUGUAUGGACAAGUUAAAGAUAGAUUGGAUUUAGAAUCCCAUUACGAAUUGGCUGAUGGAUUGGCACAUGUUAUAAGUAAGGUCCCAGAAGAAAAUAUGUACAAAACUACCGAAAUGUUCCUUGCUCCAACAUUAGAACUAUUACGUAAAUUGAGUGAAAGUGGUGCUGGUAAUGAAAAACUAAUUGCUGAUCAAGUUGAAGUCAUAACUAUUUUUAUUCAAGUUUUGAAAAGUCCGGAUUUUGAAAAACCAUCAUAUCCAGUUGCUGAUUUGUUUAUGGAUAAAAUCUGGCCAGUUGUUUGUCAAUUGUUGAAUAAUUUUGGUUCCACUUUGAUUGUGAGUGAAAGAAUUCAGAAAUUGAUUAAAGCGGGUGUUCAAUCAUUCAGUACAUACCUCAACCGCAUCUUGCCCGAUUUGGCCAAUCUUUUGGUUCAAGGAUUCAAAACCACUAAUUUCGGUUGUUAUCUUUGGGUUUCAGGGGUAGUUAUUCGAGAAUUCGGUGAUGAGUAUUCCACAGCCGAGGUUAAAGAAGCAGUCUAUCAAUUUGGCUUACAGCAAUGUUUCACCUUUUUCGAAAUCUUACAAGGAAAGAAUGAAGAGCAAUUAAAACAACUUCCUGAUGUGAUUGAAGAUUUCUUCAGAAUGAUGAAUGACUUAUUAAUGUUUUAUCCACAUAAAUUAUUACAUAAUUUCGAGUUAUUGAAUUCGACAUUAAAUUCCGCCCAAUUAACUUUAUCAAUUAUCAAUGAAUUCGAACCAAUCAUAUCCUGUGUCCAUUUCUUAAUUGAUUUGGUUUCUUGGGGAUUACCUCAUCCUCCAAUCUCGUUAUUCGAAGACAAUCCAGAACCAUUAAAACAAUCCAUGCAACAAUUCGUCAUGCUCGACAACCAUGGAGGAGAAUUGUUACGUGUAGUCCUCAAUGGAAUCAUUUUUAGAUUUCAUAAUGAUGUUCAACAAGAUGCAAAUGAUUUAAUGUUGAAGAUUUUAAGAGUUGUUCCUGAUACAAAUUUACCAGUGACUUGGUUAAGUGAAGUCGUUAAUAGUUUACCUAAUAUCCAGAAAAAGGAAACUGAUAGAUUGUUGAAUACCGUUAGUGUGGCAUUACCAAAUAAGGAUAAUAGAAGGGUUAGAUCUGCAUUGAGAGAUUUCGUUAGCUGGUAUUCGAGAAAGAAUGUGUCUCCAAGAUCUGAAUUUUAA